CCACAGGAGCCGCAUUAUUUCGAUAAGUUUUACCAAGGCGUAUUCAGCAUGUCCGCAUUAGCGAAACAGGAUUUUGUGAUACGAGGAAUUACGACUUUCAUAGAAGUGCUAAGAGAAACACCCUCGUUGAGCAAAUAUGUGCCCUACUUUGCGGCUGUAGAAUCAACAGCCUUCCAACAAUGUCGCGCCUCCUUUGAUGAGUAUCGGGAAUCGCCCAAGCCUGGCGCUUUCUAUGUGCUUUGUCACGGCGAUUUUCAUUGCAAAAAUAUGAUGUUUAAACAUAACAAAGAAACUGGUAAAUUCGAAGAUGUAAUGUUACUGGAUUAUCAAGUCGGAUAUGUCGGUCCCAUCGUGAUGGAUUUGAUAUACUCAAAGUAUUUUAUUUUGGAUGAGGAUCUCCGUUUGGAGUUUCCAGCGCUUGUGUACCACUAUUUUACUACUUUGACGGACACUUUGAAGAAAAUAGGCUUUGAAGGUGAGCUGCCAAAACUUACUGAGAUCCAUAAGCAGUUUAUGCGUCACAAGCACUUUGAGCUAUUUCUCUUAACCACUUUUUUGCCUACGUGGAUGGCAAAGAAAAGUGAUAUCGAUAUGGAUUCGGUUAUGACAUCUGAAGAGUAUCGUCGCAAUUUAUGUAAAUCUGCAGAAUAUAUAAAGUAUUUGGAAAGUGCCUUGCCUCGUCUCUUGCAUCUGGGUUAUUUUGAAGAUUAAAGCUUUUUCAAUUAAAUUAAUAGGAAAAGUAAUAUGUACGUAUGUAUAUAUAUGCAUAUAUAGCACAUAUUUCACA